AUGGUCCUGUACAUUCUACAGCCCAAGGGCCCUAGGUUGGAGAUCAUCUUUCACAUCAAAUUGGCGGACCUGGAUGGAGUCGACAAAAUCAUCAAAGAGUCGCUGGCUAGAGAGAUUUCCAUACUAUUCCAUCCUCUGUCGCCCGACAUAUUCUACCUAGUCUUUCGUGCACAUCUUCAUCGCGACCGCACUCGAUUGAAGAGCACGGAGAUUGGCUACACGCGCGUGCUUGAGUUUCGCGGCAGCUCCCUCACGGCGAUCCACCAGGCCGAUGUAGCAGACUUGAUGAAAAGGCACUAUCAGCGUUUAUUUCCUACUGAUACGCCCUAUAAGCCUAUUCCUUUCGCAGAGCUUUACGAGAAUAAUGGCAACAGCCCCUUGUGUCUUCUCAGCGGAGGAGUCGCAUACUAUCCCGAUCCAGCAAGUUCGGAUACGAAGCCAGGGCAAAGGACGCUCGGCAAAGGCACAGGCACGGUUCCUCUGCUAUACUUUGACACAAUCCAAAAGAAAUUCAGAAUGGAGAGUCUAUCCAGGCCCAAGAAAGGAUGGGGCGAAGGGGCCGUUCGAUCCUUUUGGAAUGGGCGGCAGUACGCGGAAGUUGUCAUGGAAGACGGGGAAUCUUGGAUUUCCAGCAUGGGGGCCGACGCAGUCAACGGGGAGUGGAAGCGUGCGGGACCACAGCCUCGAUUUGAUAUCAAUAGGAAUUUCCUCACUUGUGGCGACGACGUGGUCCCUCAGGACCAAGGGGAUACCGUGGAUUAA